AUGUCUGCCUUUCCUGCCAGAGGUUUUUCGUCCAUGGGCGCAAGCACCACGGGCCAGUCUCCCGCCCUGGUUGCCAGAGUCAACGAGAAGAAGGCCGAACUGGAGAAUCUCAAGGAGCUUCGCGAUCUCAGCGCGGCAAUGGCAACGCAGAUGGAGGCGCUCGCUCAAAAGCUGGCUACCCUUUCCGAUGGAACAGAAGCAAUUGCCCUUGUUCUAAGCAACUGGCAUAAUGUGCUAAGAGCUAUCAACAUGGCAUCUGCCAAAUUGCCCAAGCCAAGUGUAGGUGUCCAAGAGCCCUCAGAGAACGAUCUUCCCCAGACUCUUGUUCGCAUUCCAACCGAACAUGCGCCUGCACUUCAAGCACAUGCGGAGGGAGCUGCAGAAGAAGAGUAA